GCUGAAGCUCCAAGCGGGCCGUUCUAGGUAAGCAGAACUGUCGAUGCGGGAUGAACCUAAACUCGAGCUACAGUGCCAAACUGGGUGCUAACCCGGACACCACAAAGGGUGUUGAUGAUGAUGAGGAGGAGGAGGAGGAAGAGGAGGAGAGGGAGGAGGAGGAGAGGGAGGAGGAAGGGGAGGAGGAUGAGGAGGAGGACAGGCGGAGGAGGAGGAAGGGGAGGAGGACAGGCGGAGGAGGCGGAGGAGGCGGAGGUGGAGGAGGGGAGGAGGAAGGCAGGCGGAGGACGACGAAGUCAUGCAGAAAAAGAGGAGGAAGGCAGGCGGAGGACGACGAAGUUAUGCAGAAAAAGAGGAGGAAGGCAGGCGGAGGACGACGAAGUUAUGCAGAAAAAAACUAUGUUAGGCAGUGGCGAUUGUGAGCUCAGGGGAGAAGAAGGCGAAGUGGGAGCGAGGCGGAGGUUCUGGCAAUGAAGAGGAGGAAAGCCC